AUGGCACCAACCAGGCCGGUGACAAGCGUUCGAGUGGGAGGCUCCGUUUCCAGGGAGAGGGGGACCCCAGCGCGGGGCGAGCGCGAGCUGCGGGGUCCGGGGCCGCAGGAGCAGCGGCGAGUCCCCCCGGCGGCCGCGCUGUGCCCACCGGCCGCACUCACCUGCAGCGCCCAGCUCCGCGCCCGCACUGAGCCCCUGCGACCCGUGUCGCUCGCCGAGCUCCCGCACGCACGCCGCGCCGCCGCCCGCCCGGGGACGCUCUGCCGCGCGGGGUUCCACCGCCGCCCGCAACCGCCGCUCCCCGCUCGUCCCCUCCCUGGAGACAGUGUCAAGCGACCUCCCUCUUUGAGGACUCGUCCUGACUCACUCCACCAGGGUGUAGCUCCAACCCAGAGCAAGCGUCUCCAUUCUGGCCAUAGCUUUGGGAAUCUAGCACGUCAUAUGUCUGUCUGCUGGGGUCUCACAGCUGGUGUCCCACCUCCGCCAGAGUGUUUCCAUCACCGCGCUCACGUUAUUUGCCCGACAAACUCGGGAAGUGCAGCAGAUUCCAUGCGCAGUGUGGAGCCCAAUACAGUGCUUGAACUCACAACACUGAGAUCAACACCUAAGCUGAGAUCGAUCAUUACUUGA